UGGUUCAAGUUCAGUUUAGUUCAGGUUUAGAUUCUGUUACUGGUUUUGUUUACCGUAGUGUAAAGGUUAUGUUUAUGUACAGUAUUUUUUCCGAGUAUUUUGCAAUUACAGUAGGCCUAUUUUAUUAAAGUAAAAAUGUCAGGACAUGGACACAGUCAUGGUGGAUGUGAUGGAGAUCAUGAUCACGAUGAUACACCUGAAAUGGGACUUCAAUACAGUUUAUUCACUAAAAUUGACAUGGAAAAUGUAGAGUGUCUAAAUGAAGCUGUUAAUAAUUCAGGAAAAGACGUAUUCAAACCUUGGGAAGAUAGAUUAAAUAUCGAAAAGUUUGUGGAAAGUGAUGCUGACGAGGAACUCUUAUUCAAUAUCCCUUUUACCGGAAAUGUUAAGCUGAAAGGUUUAAUCAUCCUGGGAGGUGAAGGUGAAACACACCCUUCCAGAAUGAGGCUAUACAAAAAACCCGCCCCAAAAUGACGUUCGAUGACACAUCAGUCCCUGCAGAUCAAGAGUUUGAACUUCACCCUGACACCAAUGGCACUUUGGAGUACUCAACA